AAUGUCAUCUGGCUUCGUGGACCGGCUGGAUCCGGCAAGAGUACCAUACUCAACACGGUUGCUCAACACUUCUCACAGCUGCGCCGACGUGGCGCUUUUCUGUUCUGGGACCGGAACGACCCUCUUAAUGGUGAACCCCUUCGUGUGAUACGUACUCUUGCCUUCCAGCUGGCUCGUUUCAAUCCCACUUUUUCCGUGAAAAUGGCCGAACAAAUCGAAAAAUUGCCCGACAUUACUACAUCCACCCUCGAUAUGCAAUUCAAGCAUCUUCUAGAGGCGCCUCUGGCCGAACUCGCAGCAGAGCUUGAUUUAGGCCCUAUUGUAAUUGUCCUUGAUGCCCUUGAUGAGUGUGGUACUAUGGAGACGAGGACAAAGCUCCUUCGCGCACUCUCUAAAAGCCUUGCAAGGCUUCCGAGUACCUUUCGGUUCCUGAUAGCCAGCCGGGACGAACCCGACAUUCAUGCUGCCCUAUCGCGUCUGGGUGUUGACGUGCGUGACGUGCCGAUCGGGGAUGAGUCGACAGCAUCUGACAUCAAGCUCUUUUUCCAACAACGGCUUACCUGCAGCGCUGAUGCCUUCGUAGGCCAUGGUCUGUCAUCCAAUUGGCCAGGAGACCCCGUAAUACGGCAGCUUGUCGCUCUGUCCGGAGGUCUUUUCAUUUGGGCAUCUACAACCAUUCGCUUCCUUGAAUCCGGCUUUCCUGAAAAAAGGUGCUAA